AUGCAGCAAUCCGAGCUCGCCUCGGGCGGGCCGUCCCGAUUUUCCUGCUCCUCCUGUCGCUUCACCACGCACUUCUGCCCGUGUUGUGGCGAACCGCUCAGGGGCUCCACCUCAUUCAACCGUCCAAAAUCGCGAGCGCUCUGUUCUGUACCUUUCAUAAAGAUCGCGGAAUCGCCCGGGUGUUCGUCUUUGCCGAGGACGGCUAAAACCGCCUUCUCAGUUCUUGAUCAGGCUGCUUUGGAAUGGCCUGAGAGCGAAACGCGACUGCCACCUCGGCCUUUGUCUGCUUUUGAGGUGUUUUGCCAUGAAAUCACUUGGCGAGCGAACGCGCCCACCAACCAAGACGCGGAGAUGCAAAAUGCACAGGUGGAAGUCAGCAGCAGCAGCAGUGAAAUCACCAAUCCGGGUGAUUUGGACCCAUGGAAAAAGGACGCCGGAGAUCAACACCGCAGUCUGGCCCAACAAUGGUUUUAUGCGGACCAACAGCUCCGCGAGACGUGCGAAAAACGCGCAAACGCCUGGAGCAACCGGUGGAAGGAUCCUACUUAUGCCCCAUGCGUGGCGGCCCCCAUGCCGUCCAGGCCACCUUUGGCGAUCCCCCCACCGGCGCUUCCCUCCGCGAAAAUUUCAAGUGCCGCACCGCCUCAGCCUCCGGUUCAGGGCAAGAAACGGGACAUCAAGCCGAAUGUCAAUGUCAGCAGCUAUCAAUUGUUUCGCACCGCCAACAAGGGCAAAUUUAGUUCCCAAGGAGACGCCAUUCAAGCCUGGCGAGCGUUGAGUCCGAACUCGAAGAUUCCUUUCGAUGAAGCAGCAGCCGUAUUACGUGUUCAGAGGCUCCUUCAACUCAACGGAAAGGGCUUCAAUGGGUAG